UAGCUCCAAUGUGGAACAGCCCCACAUGAAGUUGUCCCAUUAGCUGUCGCCUCCAUAACGGAGCCAACGGUUGGCUCACUAGCAUUAUUGUACAUUGUAUUAUGUAUGCGACAAAAAAUAUCAACGUCAGUAUGAAACUAGAGUAAAAUACUAAAAUAUGAAAUGUUGUUUCUUGAAAUGUCUAGACACUGCAAAACUACACAGUACUCACCCCUCAAAUCAUACAUAAAUACGUGCACACAGAUUGGCAAGAAUAGUAUAAUCAGAAACCGUUUGAUAACUAAGCAAAAGCCCAAAUAAAAAUUUCAGCUGUUAAUUAAAUAGUCUCAUCAAUGGCGGCUUCACUAGAAACAGAGCACCCAGUGAAGGCUCUUGCUUGGGCUGCUAAGGAUCCAUCUGGGGUUUUCGCUCCUCUCAACUUCUCCAGAAGGGCAACCGGUGAGCAUGAUGUGCAGUUCAAAGUUCUCUACUGUGGCAUUUGCCAUUCAGACCUUCACUUGGCCAAGAACGAGUGGGGAAACACUAUUUACCCUUUGAUUCCAGGUCAUGAGAUUGUGGGGGUCGUAACCGAAGUCGGGCCCAAGUGCCGCACGUGCGGUGAGUGCGCGAAAAACGAGGAGAGCUACUGCCCGAAACAAGUGCUCUCGAUCAACGCGCGCUAUUACGACGGCACGGUAACCUACGGUGGCUUCUCAAACCUCAUGGUGGUUGACGAGAAUUUCGCCAUCCACUGGCCAGAGGGCCUGCCGCUCGACGCCGGUGCUCCGCUCCUCUGUGCCGGAAUCACGACCUACAGCCCGUUGAAGAGGUUCGGGCUUGACCGGCCCGGAGCAAGUGUUGGCGUAGUCGGGCUUGGCGGAAUCGGGCAUUUGACGGUGAAGUUUGCAAAGGCGUUGGGGAGUAAAGUGACGGUCAUAAGCACGUCGUUGAGCAAGAAGAAAGAGGCAAUCGAGACUUUUGGGGCCAACGAGUUCUUGGUUAGCCAUGAUCAAGAUCAGAUGCAUGCGGCUACAGGUACACUGGACGGAAUCAUAGACACUGUCUCGACAAACCACUCUCUAUUACCGUUAGUCAACCUCUUAAAACCUCACGGCAAGCUCAUCUUGGUCGGUAUACCGUCUAAACUCGAGGUCCCUAUUUUCCCCCUACUUUUAGGUGGGAAGGCUAUAGUAGGGACUGCUAGUGGGGGAAUAAAAGAAACGGAAGAAAUGCUCGAUUUUUGCGCCAAGCACAAGAUAUUGCCGGAAGUCGAGAUAGUACCAAUGGAUUAUGUGAACACGGCCAUGGAGCGUAUCGAGAAAAACGACAUCAAGUACCGAUUCGUUAUCGAUGUUGGGAAUUCAUUGAAGGAUUGAUUGAGUGCUCCUAAUUAAGUAAGAUUGUCAUUUGUCAAAGUAUGCAUGCCUAUGUGCAUGUGGUUGAUCUUUAUAAGGUUGUUUGUAAUUUGAAAUUAUCUUAAGUGUUUCAUGAUAAGUACGUACACUCUUGUGUAAUGUUGUAUGUGGAGGUCCAAUGUGUGUUGAAUAAGGGCAUCCCUCUCUGUGUGCAUGUUGUUGAUCCUUAUAAGGUUGUAACUUGAAUAAUCUUAGGGUUUCAUGAUAAAUAGUACUCUUGUGUAAUGUUGUAUGUGGAGGUCCAAUGUGUUGACUUCUAAUUGCUAUCCAAGGCAUAUCAAGGGAUAGUGUUGAUCAAUUUGAAUAUGCUACGUUUCAUGCUACUAGUGUAU